AUGGCGCUGCCCACUAUGGUUUCAACCCACGUGGUUCCGGGACCGAAAAUGGCGGUGGCAGGCACCCCGGCUUCGCUGGAGUCCGCUCCACGAAUCAUGCGGCUGGUGGCUGAGUGCAGUCGUUCCAGAGCCCGGGCGGGCGAGCUGCGGCUGCCGCAUGGAACUGUGGCCACCCCUGUGUUCAUGCCUGUGGGAACACAGGCCACCAUGAAGGGGAUUACGGCGGAGCAGCUGGACAGCCUGGGUUGCCGCAUCUGCUUGGGCAACACCUACCACCUGGGGCUGAGGCCGGGCCCGGAGCUGAUCCAGAAAGCCCGGGGUCUUCAUGGCUUCAUGAAUUGGCCCCACAAUCUUCUCACGGAUAGCGGCGGUUUCCAGAUGGUGUCCCUGUUCUCCCUGUCCGAAGUGACUGAGGAGGGUGUUCGCUUCCGCUCGCCCUACGAUGGCGAAGAGACACUUUUGAGCCCAGAGAGGUCUGUGCAGAUCCAGAACGCCUUGGGCUCUGACAUCAUCAUGCAGUUGGAUGACGUGGUGAGCAGCACAGUGACAGGCCCUCGAGUGGAGGAGGCCAUGCACAGGUCAGUCCGUUGGCUAGACAGGUGCAUCGCAGCCCAUCAGCAUCAGGGCAAGCAGAACCUCUUUGCCAUCAUCCAGGGUGGACUGAAUGCUGAUCUUCGGACCACUUGCUUGAAAGAGAUGACCAAGAGGGAUGUGCCAGGCUUUGCCAUCGGAGGUCUGAGUGGGGGAGAGAGCAAGGAACAGUUCUGGAAGAUGGUGGCGUUAAGCACCUCCAUGCUGCCUAAGGACAAGCCAAGAUACCUGAUGGGAGUUGGCUAUGCCACCGACUUGGUAGUCUGCGUGGCUCUUGGAUGUGACAUGUUCGACUGUGUAUACCCCACACGGACAGCGCGCUUUGGCUCUGCUCUUGUGCCCACUGGGACCCUGCAGUUGAAGAAGAAGCAGUAUGCCAAGGACUUCAGUCCCAUAAACUCCGAGUGUCCCUGUCCUACCUGCCGAAAGCACAGUCGUGCCUUCCUGCAUGCCCUACUGCACAGCGGCAACACUUCAGCCCUGCACCAUCUCACUGUGCACAACAUUGCCUAUCAGCUGCAGCUCCUGAGCGCCCUUCGAAGCAGCAUCUUGGAGCAGCGCUUUCCUGACUUUGUGCGAAACUUCAUGCGCACCAUGUAUGGGGACCACAGCUUCUGUCCUGCGUGGGCCGUUGAAGCACUGGCCUCCGUGGGAAUCACUCUCACAUGACCUGGUUGCCUGGGAGGGAUGUUGGGCUAUGGGGGAUACUGAAGGAUUUUUCUUUUAAAAAGAUUUUGUUACUUAAUGAUUUUUGUUUUCAUCUGAGAUCUGGUGUCUGUCUUUUCCCUGGCCCCAAGCUUCACUGUAGUUGGAUGUCUUGCUUCUCAGUAGAAGUAACACAGGGAGUGAAGGUAGGUCUACUGAUUGGGUAUAUGUGGAGAGGCUCAGUGUGAUCCCAUGACAGAAAGAAAGGCAGAGCCAGGAAAGGUCAGGGAGGUGGCACUGGGGACUAGAGUUUGAGUCUGAUGGCUCUUAGCUGUGAUCCUAACUCUAAAAAGGCAGGAGUUGGAUAAUAGCUGCAAGUUCAAGGCUAAUUUGGUUUUCAUAGCCAGUCAGGGGUACCAUGUGGGAUAUUUUUUUUAACAAAACAAAACAAAACUGUAACCAUAGCAUCCUUGGGGUAACCAGGAACCACCUUGUUGAAUACAGUAAAAAAUGGGGGCUUUUUGGGUUUUGAGAUAAGGUUUCCCUGGGCUAUCCUGGAACUCACUCUGUAGACCAGGCUGGCCUCAAACUCACAGAGAUCCACCUGCCUCUGUCUCCUGAGUGCUGGGAUUAAAGGUGUGUGCCACCACUGCCCAGCUACCAUUUUAUUUUUACUUGUUACUUUGGUUAGGUUUUUUUGAGAGAGGAUCUCAGGUAGCUCAGGCUGGUCUCAAGCUUGUUACAUUUUUGAGGAUGACCUUGAAUCUUUGUCAUCAUCCUGCCUCUAUUUCUGCGGUCCUGGGGCUGGCUACAGGUAUGCACUGUCGUAUCUAGUUCAUGUGGUGCUGGGGAUAAAAUCCAAGGCAUCCUGGACAAGCACUGUGCCCACUGAGUCACAUCUCCAAGCCUAUACAUUUUUUAAAUGGUUUCCAUAAAAUACUAUUCAACCAACUCCUUUUGUGAACAGUGAGUGUUUCCAGGCUCUUGUAGUCCUGAUCAAGCCUUCGACACCAAGCCCCAACUGUACCCAUGUGUCUGGGACCUGGGAUUGAGUCAUGUCAACAAUAACUUGUCAAUUGAUGCUACCUUGUUCCUGAAAGUGUUUCCCAUUGGCAAAUAAAGCAAAAGAGAGUGGACUUUAA